GCGCACUGUAGAUUCAAACGCUCGGCACACCUCAUGAGUACCUGAGGAAAUUCGCCCACGGAUUUGAACUUUUUUUUUUAAUUUUUUUUAACUCAUCCAAAGCUCUCAAAACAUUUAGUGCGACACCCAAGAUCCCAGUUGGCACGUUUUCCUCACUUUCUACGUUUCAUUUUAAAUUACUCUACAUUUUUCCCGCGCCCCCAAAAUGAGUGCCCUCAUUGUGUUUACCGUCCUGUCUGUGAUAUGCCUUGUUCCUCUGGUAGCCAAACCAGCACAUAAAUUACCAACCAUUCAACCUUGCCCGCAGAGCGACCCAGAAUUGAACAAAUGUGUACUUCAACAAGUAACAAAGGGAAAACCUUACAUUGCAAAGGGGGUUCCUGAGUUGAACAUCCCGUCCGUAGAACCUCUGCACAUUCCGAUGGUCACUCUGGAACAAGGGACGCAGGCUGUCAACUACAAGGCCAAGCUGAAGGAUCUCAAAGUUUACGGUCUCAGCCACUACAAAUUCCAAAAAAUUGACCUUAAUUUAGACACGUUGAUGGUGAGUGGUAUGCUUUCAAUCCCAGUACUCCACUUGGAGUCCGAUUACACUAUCAGAGGCCGAGCACUCCUCGUCCCAAUCCAAGGAAACGGAAUUUUCAAAGCUAACUUGACGGACGCGAAAGUCAAGGUCAAGAUGCAGGGAAAAUUGGUUGACCGUAAAGGACAGGAAUACCUGGAGGUGAAGGACACAAUGGUCAAAUUAGAUAUCGGAGGAGCUACAGCUCAUUUUGGCAACUUGUUCAACGGAGAUAAGACUUUAGGAGCUGCAACAAACUCCUUCUUGAACGAAAACGCCAAAGACAUCAUUGACGAGGUGAAACCGGCCGUCGAGUCCGUCGUCAACAUGCUCAUCGACGAUAUCGUCAACAAAGUCUUCAAAAGCUUACCGUUCCUCAAAGUUUUCCCCAAGAACUGAGUAGAUGUCAGUUCUUCCGGGUAACAAAAUGUUUCUUAUCGACUGAAAUCCGGUGGAUCUCUCCAUGUGGUCUUAGGAGGAGGAGAAUACUAGGAGUAUACGUGGCAAAAAAAAGGAUCCAACUAAACGACCAUCACCGAGACCGAUUAAUACUCACGUGGGGCUACACCUUGAAACCUAAUGUGUGAAUAUUCUUGAAAUAACUUUUCUCUAUGACUCACAGUUUCCUUCAUAGUAACCUCCACCGAUGACUUAACCAGUUACUUCAACCAUUUUUCACACUAAAAACUCUACCGAUUGACAUCACUCAAGAUUCACCAAUAACGUCAUCGAUGACUCCACCGAUGCCUUUCUCUGAGACUCGCCGACUACCUCAUGAACUUGAACAAACCUAACGCUCAACCAAACUGAACUCUACUGAUGACUUAACCACGACGAUUCACUAAUUACCAAACUGAUGAUCUCAUCAUUAACGUUACUGACCAUUCAGGGAUCAAGUCGUCAACGAUUCCAUCGAUGACUUCAUCCAUGUUUCACCGAUGACUUAACAGAAUUCAAACGGCAAAAUAACUUUACUUUACAAAGAGGAUACCUCGGAAUCCUUGGAGUAUACUCGCCAUUGCAUGGUUCUCCUCCCUUGGCUCUUGUGUGCGCCAUUUUAUUGAGCAUUACGCCAGGAUACAUUACAUUCUGUUAGGUUGCAUCGAUUUGAUCCUUUUCAAUAUCCAAAUGAACGUAUUUCUGCCAAACGGAACUAUGUGCAUUAAGACAUGAGCCCUGAGUCCCAUAAUGAUAUAUAAUUAACAGGGCUCACGUCAUAGUGCACAAAGUUCCGUUUGACAAAAAUACGUCCAAAUGACAGAUUAUAAAUCAAGAACCACCGCGUAGUCAUAAGUCGCAAAAUAAGGCACGACGUUGUUAAGAUUUGGAUUGCUUUCAAGCAUCCAUAGCUAGAAAUGUUCGAAAUGUGGAUCGAGUCGAUGUAACAAGAUGAGAGGAUAAUAAGAGUGAAAAGCAUCCGUUUGAAAGUGAAUAUAUUUGGGGUCUACAUGGCCUCAUUAUGUUUGGCAAUCAACUUUGCAGGUCAUCAUGCUCGACCUUAAUGGGAAAAUGUUUGAGCUAAUACCAAUCAAAAUUACACAUCAUGUAUUCUUUUCAUCCACUCAUUAACCAAUGAGUUCCUCUUCGUUCCUGAUUGAAUCAUGAUACACUUCAUAGAAAAUGGGACUCUCUGAAAAUAAAACAAUGUAUUUAUAUUCGAAAUAACUUAAUUUGAGGUAAAGUACAUAAAAGAAUCAUUUAUUAUCAACAAAAUUACACUGAAUUCCAGGGUUUUUCAAAAUUCUACAACAUGAAAUCAUGUACAGCGAUGAAUUCUCAAAUUGCUGCACCAGUGUUUAUUUUAAAGGUCAGGCGUUUGUGCCUUAAUGCAGCAAAAAAAAAAAAAAAAAAAAA